GUUGAACUCUCGAAAACAGUUCAUCAACAUGGAUGACGAAACUAUCUCCAGCCUCAAGGCAGCCUUUAUUCGAUCCCAGGUCCGGCAUCUGUCCAUUCCUCUGGAACCCUUGACCGAUUGGCGUGAACAAGUGCCAGAGGCACCAGAAGGAGGAGGCCACUUGAGUGACAAAGUCGUCCAAGAUGUGGUUACAAAGGUCAACGAGAAGAUCAAACAGCAUAACCGCAUGGUCUUUUCCCAACAGUCACAGCGGCACGUCGCAGAACAAAUCGAGACCCUACACUGGAACGCGGUCAACGUGGAGUUGGACGAAGCAGAGCUGGACACCUCUGUACUACGGCGUGACGCCGACCUGACCAAUUCCUCGAUGAUCGAGGCUUUGCCCGAAGAGUUUGACGAUUUGUUGAUCCGGUCCGGCGAGCGUCCGGCGAGCGCAGACGAAGCACAAACAUACAACGGACUGCGCAAUGAAUUGUUGAAGCAUAGCCAGCACCGCGAUGCACUGAAGCGGAGCCUAGCAGAAUACCAAACUCUACAAAAGUUAAUGGCGCCACUUGACGAUCCGCAGACGAACGUCCAACCCAACCUGGUCACGAGAGACGGGGAGUUGAGCAAAGAACUGGACCGUACCCGAGUCCUACUUGCACGAGUCGCUGAAAGGGUGGCAGAUAUCAACAACACAACUAGAUCGGCUAGAGCAAACGUCCCGAAACAGCGUUUGACUGAUGAGCAGAAACUAGCUGCUGUAUUGGAUCCCACCUGAAAUACAGGCAUAUGCUACAUCGCUCGGAGCUGUGCUAAGACGGUAGUACAGAUUCUCUCUGUCAUGACUGUUUUGAUAUUGCGCAAAGCCAUUAGCAUGCUUCUGCUUGCAUCCCAGACGUCACAGAUCCUCAAUAUGAGGCUUAUUCCUCAUCGGCUUCUUCGACGGUGGGAGCGGCAUGUCUCUUUGCAGCCAUCGACUUGACGACAGCUUCGGCAGAAGAAGUGGUGGCAGAUCCUUCUGUAGGGGCCGGCCCUGAUCCUGCAGCUUUGGGGGCUGCCUCCGCGCUCUUUCCCCCCCCAUCGGUCAACUUCCCAGCAAGCUUCGCUGCCUUUUUCGCCUUCUUUUCCUGCUUCUUCCUCUUGAUGUCAUCCUUGGUCUCGUGCCAGCCCCAGAGAGGACGGAAACUAUCAAAGAAACCUACAUCUUCGAACAGGUUUGGGUAGAGCCAAAGACCAGGCGGGACGAGAAAGAAGGUGAGGAUGAACAGAAUAAGGCGGAAGAUGGACAUGGCGAAGAACACAGCGGUCAGACCCAUAGCUCCGACUGACAGGUACCAAGCGCCCAGUCUCAAGAAGGGAGGCCAUAACGGGAAGCAGACCAUGGUCAGCACCGCAAUCACAACUCCCGCGGCUAAGAUUCUGGUCCGCCAUUGAGGCGGCUCAAAUACCCAGACAUAGUGCAUCAUUGGUUCA